GGCUCGUCAUGGUAAAUAUCUCGACAGGUGUCACUGCUGCACCGUAAACAUUUCCGCUACCCUACUUUCUGUAUGUUAUUGUGAUGCGGCAUUUUUUUAUCCUACAAUGAGACGAAAACCAAAACAACUCCAUUUUGAGACGCCAUGAAUCAAAUUCUUCUUCGUACCGACAAGGGGGAAUACUUUGGUGGAGAAAAAGUGUCAGGAGUUGUGUAUUUGAUAAUAAGAUCACCAACAAGCGGACAUGGCAUCAAGCUGAAGAUCAGAGGAUAUGAAAAGUAUUGGUUUGAAGACAUUCAGUCUACUUCAUCUGGAGAGAGUGCAGCAUUAGAACGUGUGAAGGGCCAUCAAGAAUAUGUUAACUGUGAUUUUAAGCUCUACCAAUCUACCAGUGGGACCAUCCCUCGUGGGCAGUACAUGUACCCAUUUCAGUAUCCUCUACCUCAGGAAAUACCAGGCACAUUCUCUCUUUCUGGUUGUGAACCAGCAAAAUGGUCAGGUUUGGUGGAAUACUAUGUGACUGCUGAGGUUAUUGGAGCAGAAAGUAUAAAGACUACACAGCCUCUUGUCAUAUAUCAGGCAGUGCCAGAUUUAAACAAGAUAGAUGACCCUGACCCAGUCAAGGUCACUUGUGAGGUCAGGAGAAUGUUUGGAUUACUGAAGGGUUUAUUAACAGUCAGUGCCAAAUUAAAUCGUUCAGCAUAUCAUGCUGGUGAGACAGCUGUCCUUAAUUUAGGUGUUGAAAAUCGUACUUCAAAAAGAAUAAACAAAAUAACAAUAAAGCUGAUACGAGAUUUGAAUCUUGCCUUUAAGAGGCCCAGAUCAACCAGCACUGUCUCCAACUCCAGUACAGCUAGUGCCAAGAGUCCACAACAUGGGCUGUUGACAUUUCAACCUGAGGGGGGAACAAGGACAGUGUGGGGAAAGAUAUUGGAGGGCAGGAAUCCUAAACUUUUGGAGAAAGGUUUGAGUAAAGUGUUUAUACCAUUGGCAGUAGCAGACAAUACAUUGAACUCCAAUGAAAUAGCAUCAACAUCCAAUGGAGAGCACAUACAUUGUGAAUACAAUGUGCAAGUGGAAGUUUCUGUUGAUGCAGUUCCAACUCUUGACUUGAAAGUACCUGUUCACUGUAUUUAUCAUCCACCUAAUAAAGAGUGGGCAGAAUGGUCCCCUCCAGAUUGGGUCUUCUCAUGCAAAUGUAUUCUGUCUGAGAAACAGAGAAUGCUAACACAGGAAUCUCUAAAUUCAGAAAGCUUUGCUGGUAUUCCUGGAUUUCAAGUUCUAGGUGAAAAUUGAUGAAUUUUAAAACUUUUAUGACCAAUUAAAAAGUUUUUGUAACUGUGGUUUUGACUUUCAUUUUAAAGGCAUAUUCCAAUACUGACAUGCUUAUACAUUGGUGCUGAAUCAAACAAGAGGUGAAUUUAAUUGGACCCUUCUGUGAUGGUGCUGGCAUGAUAUACAAUCAGAAAAUACAAGUUUUUAAAUUCUUAGUGCUGGUAAUGCUGAGAGCAUGGAACUGUGGGGGUUUUUUUUUCAGCCAGAUGAAACCAUUUGUAAGUUAAGAUUGAAGUGUUUUGUGUUGCAAAAAAGCAUAAAUUGAUAACUUUACAGGUAAACGUUUUAAACCUAAGAAUCUGAUGUGAGUUUAUUUAUUGGUUUUAGCUGUAUAUAGAUUUUUCCAUGACCUGAAAGAACGGGUGGACAUAAAUAUUGCUUUUUGCACUAUUAUUGCAUUAUGGUUGUAAGAAAAACUUUGGUGUAUAAGUGCAAUAGUUUUUCAUUAAAAAAUUCAUUACACAAAAACCCUGCUCAGUUGUUAUCCUCAGUCAAGUCAGAGGUGCUGUGAUCAUGAUGUACUAAAUUCUCAUUUCAUCUUGAGGUUACC